AUGAGCUUCCUUUGGGCCUAUUGUCUUCUGACUGCUUCCCUAUGGAUCGCCACCACCUUUGCUCAAUCAGACGGGGGCUAUGGGCCGCAUAUCUACCCGGGGAUGCCCUCAACUCCAUAUGGGCCAGACUGGCAGCAUUACUUCAAAGUAAACACAUGGCCAUAUGUCAACUUUUCCAUGCCUGUAUCAUAUGCCGGCAGCGUCUCUGUCAACCGAGCCGAUUUUGUGAACAACACACUAUUCUUUGUCGCAUUCGAAAAAGGAAACUCAUCACUGGUAGCAGCCGAGGGCGAGCGUUCUUCCGAGCCUUGGAUGAUUUGGCUGAACGGAGGUCCUGGAUCCUCAAGCAUGUAUGGACUGUUUGAGGAACAUGGCCCUUUACGCUACAGCCGAACGGUAUUGCCAGGCGGAGGAUCUUCCAAUCAAUUUAUCGAGAACCCCUUUAGCUGGCACAGGCUAGCGGAUAUUUUUUACGUCGAUCAGCCCGUCGGUACUGGCUAUAGCACUGUCAGUCUCAAUGGGGAGGUCCCAGACGAAGACGCGAUGGGACAAGACUUUGCACACUUUCUGUCCAAUCUAGUCUCGAUCUUUCCCAGUCUGCGCCAUCGUCCUCUCUACCUCGUAGGCGAGAGUUAUGCCGGGACCUACAUUCCAUAUAUUGCAAAGACGUUGUUUGGCAUGACUCAGCCGCCAGUAAGAUUGGCAAAGAUUGCUAUUGGGGACGGAACUCUGGGUAGCGAAAGCACCUGUCGGCAGCACCCUAUCCCAUCUAUCCUACAGACAUAUCCACAGCUUAUCAACUUUAGCUCAGUCGCAUAUGAAUACUACGUAAAGCAAUGGAGGCUGUGCAGGUACAAUGCGAUCCUAGAGUACCCUGCCAAAUCUCUCUAUCCACCAUUGGGGAACCCUGAUUAUCCUACAUAUGCCCGUGCACCGUAUAACUUGGACAAUGUGCGAAGCAAGCUGCGUACUUUGAUCAAGCUAGCAUCUGCUGGCGUUGGAGAAGACGAGAUCUUCCACGAGGGGAGGAUCUACCGGCGACGCUCGGAAAAUUCCUCUGGUUUGAUACGGCGAUGGGACAGUGCAGGAAUAGAUUCAUACUUCGGUUGCGAUGUAUGGGAAAACAUGAUCCAGUACGCAACUGAACAAACACCUUUUUGGGAAACUUACAGCUUUGAUGUGUACCGUAUCUCCGACGCAUUGAACCCUCCUGUGCCAUCCAAUACGACCCUCUUCCUCAACGAUCCCAAAGUACGAGCAGCAUUGCACGCUCCGGAUCACCGGUGGCAACAAAGUCGCCCAUAUCCGUUCAGUGGCUCAUACGUGGACCCUAGUGCUGCCCCAGACACCUUUCUUUCUGAGCUUUCCAAGAACGUCUCCAUGGUAUUCUUUUCCGGGAACGACGAUGCACUUGUUGCACAUCGUGGGACAGAGCUGACAAUCCAGAAUAUGACGUUUGGUGGAAUUCAAGGUUUCACCGCGCGUCCGAGCACGCCCUUCUCCGAUACGGAUGGCAAUUUUGCAGGUAUCAUUCAUCAGGAACGCAACGUGACCUAUGCACUCUUCAUCGGAGCAGGUCAUAUGGUUCCAACAGACAAGCCUAAAGCGGCCUAUGCGUUUAUCCGGGAAUUUGUCCUCGGGACCAACACGACUGGUUUGCUCACAAAAGACGGUGAUAACGUCAACGUCGUAGGUGGCGUUCACUCUGAGUACUUGAGUGGCAUCUUCCCUGCCAAGGAGAUUUAUACUGGUUCUGGAAGAAUUGAGGGAACAUAUACUCUCCCGCAAGCUACCUGGGACGCGUGGAGUCAGUACAUGGCUACAAUGCCUGAUCCCGGACUUAUAGGUUAUGCAUCGUCAAUUCGAGAAACUUCCGUAUCACCCUCAAUGCUACUAACGACUGUUGGAACGCUACUUGCUCUCUUCAUUGUAUAA